UGGAUUCUUUAAGAAAAUUGCGCAUCUUUGCGGCUUACCUUUUGAUGUGUUAUGAUUGAAGUCUUAUUUGAGUUAAAAUAAAAAAGAAUUAAUUCAAAUUUAUACAAAAGUACGAUAUGUACCUUGUACAAAGACGCAUUCGACGGCGGGUUAAUACACCUACAGCCGAUCCACACACAACAGAUCCACUUCUGAGACAGACGCGCUCAACUGGCGAUGAGGUCGGUUGUAAAAAAUUUUUUGUUACUCAGAACAAAAUUAAAUGGCAAUGGGCUCCGGCAUUUCUUGGCUUUUGGGUGCUUUUGUACUGGAGCAUUUCUGUCCCAGCGUUUCAUCGAUUACCUGAACCACUUAGUAUUAAAGAUGAGACAAAAUAUCCAGAUCGUUUUAUUGCAGAGCGCGCCGAAAUUAAUUUACAAAAUCUAAUUGAGCUUGGACCUCGCGUUGUAGGUAGCGCUGCCAAUGAGCAAGGGGUGGUUAAGUAUUUCAUGAGCAAAAUGCAGAAAUUGAGAAGUGAAGUUCUUAGCACUUAUGAAAUUGAAGCUGAUGUUCAAGUCGCAUCUGGUAGCUAUGUACAUUGGGAAAUGGUAAACAUGUACCAAAGUAUUCAAAAUUUCGUAAUAAAAGUUAGCCCAAAGGGCACAAACAGUACAUCGUAUUUAUUAGUUAACAGUCACUACGAUUCAGUACCCGGAGGACCAGGAGCGGGUGAUGAUGGUACAAUGGUAGCUAUAAUGCUAGAAACAUUACGUGUUUUAAUCAAAUCAAAGCAACCUCUUAGGCAUCCAGUUGUUUUUCUGUUUAAUGGCGCCGAGGAAAAUCCUUUACAAGCAUCACACGCUUUUAUAACUCAGCACAAAUGGGCGAAAAAUUGCAAGGCAUUAAUUAAUUUGGAUUCAGCUGGAAGUGGAGGCAGAGAAAUUCUUUUUCAAUCUGGUCCAAAUCAUCCUUGGUUAAUGAAGCAUUAUCGACGAGCUAUCGUCCAUCCUUAUGCUUCAACUGUAGCAGAAGAAAUGUUUCAGCGUCAUUUUAUUCCUUCAGAUACAGACUUUCGUAUUUUCCGCGAUCAUGGUCGAGUUCCAGGUCUUGAUAUGGCUCAUCAGUAUAACGGUUAUGUUUAUCACACACGAUAUGAUCGCCCUGAAAUCAUUCCACGUGGAACAUUCCAAAAUACUGGAGACAAUGUAUUAGCCUUAGUACGUGAAAUAGCUAAUGCUCCAGAACUUGAUGAUACUUCGAAAUAUUCAGAAGGUCACACAAUAUUUUUCGAUGUGAUGGGUAUGUUUUUAGUGUUUUAUUCUGAGACUGAGGGAACAAUACUUAAUGUAAUUGUUUCAAUAUCUGCUAUUAUAACAUGUUUGUACUCGUUUAAAAUGAUGGCAAACACUACCGGACUUAAAUUUCAUAAGGUGCUUAAACGCUCUAUUUACACUCUUGGAGUGCAGGCAGUUGCAGUUAUUUUUGCUGCAGCAUUAUGUUUUCUGAUGGGAGUAAUGAUGGAUGUAAUGCACAUGCCCAUGUCCUGGUUUACAAACUCGUGGUUGAUCUUUGGUUUAUACUUUUGUCCAUUGUUCUUUGGUUUCGCGAUUAUACCUGCAUUGUAUUUUAACAUGUCAAAGGAUGACCGGUUCCCAAUUGGAUUUAGUGUACAAUUGUUAUUACAUUGCCACUGUUUAGUGCUUGUAUUCUUAACAUUAUUGAUGACAGUAUGCAAAAUACGUUCAGCUUUUAUGCUUAUGUUAGCCAUACUAUUUUACACGACAGGACUAAUUGUUAACUUGGUGACAAAACUGCAUAACAGACCAACUUCGUGGUUAAUUCCACAUAUGAUAUUUGGCAUACCACCUUUUCUAUUUUACUCAUAUCUUUCACAUGGAUUCUUUGUUACUUUUAUUCCUAUGACCGGACGUUUUGGAGCUAGUGUGAAUCCUGAUCUUAUAAUUUGUGCUUUUACAGUAGGCGUUGGAAUUCUUACCGGUGGAUUUAUGAUUCCAGUUCUAAAUCUAUUUAAGAAAUCAAAAACUAUUAUAUCUUCAUUGCUUGUAGUCACUCUUAUAUUUGUAAUUGUAGCCGCAACACAUAUUGGAUUUCCGUAUCGCUCUGAAACAAACGUACAGAGAUUCUCAGUAUUACAUACAAAACGAGUUUUUCGUGAUCCUAAUAAUGCAGUUCGUAGAGUUGAAACAGGUUACUUUAUUAUGCCGCAAGAUAGACGUACAUAUUCAGUCAAAAAUAAGGUUAUAAAUAUGACACUUGCUGAAACUAUUGAAGCUGAUUGUCAGAGAGAGAUGCUUUGUGGAUUACCUCUUUAUAAUCAUCGUUGGCACAAAGCCAGAGCAUCAAGUGUGUGGAUACCUGGUCCCGAGCCUACUUUUGACAAUAUGCCACAUAUAAAAAUCAAGGCUAAAAAUCAAAUUUCGAAGACGAAAAUUCGUUACGAAUUUGAACUAAGUGGUCCCGACCACAUGGCUUUAUUUAUAAAACCCCUGAACGAUGCUGAUAUAGUAAAUUGGUCUUUCCACUAUACUCCUUUACGUAUGAACUGGAAACCACCAUAUUUUAUUUACUUUUCUUAUGGCGUAGAUGGUACUCCACUAAAUUUCUGGAUAGAAUUUGAGAGGCCGUCGGCAGAUUGGAGUAAACUAAUCCUUGAAAUCGGUGUUAGUGGGCAUUGGAACCAUCAUGAAUACAUGUUAACAAAAGAUUUUAAGAAAUUCCUUAGUAGUUUUCCUAAGUACGUUGAUGCCACUGCUUGGCCUGCAUCUUAUGAGACUUGGCAAUUCUAAAAUAUUCUUUUAUAAUGUUUUAAAUUAAAAAGUAUGUAUUAAAUAUUCAAUUCUGAUUAAAUAAUAAGAUCAAAUUUUUAAAUAAUUUCUUUUAAUAUAUGAUUGUUAAGAAUUUAAUAAGAUUGGAUGUUAAGUAGUUAUGGGCUGCAAAUAAAUACAUUUAUUGGUAUUAAAUUAACGUAACAUUAAAAUUGUAAAAAAAAACACUUAAUGUUAUCGCUAUUGUAAUUAAAUGGUCAAAUGUAUUUAGUCUUUU